GCAGUAGACAGGGUUGUGUGGCCAUGACAACAGGGACUCUAGCUGGAUUAUGGGAUGUGCUGAGCUGCACCAAUCAGGAGAAGUAUAUCUGUAAACACCUGGCAGAAGGAGCGGGGCCAACACCAGAACCAAUCACACCUGUCCCUCCCAGGUGCUAUGAGGGCUGGAAUCCUCUGGGGUCUAGGAGCUACUGCUUCAAGUUCUUUACAGGGCAUCGCGCAGAUAAGAAGACCUGGUUUGAGGCUCGGGACUUCUGCAGGGUGAUUGGAGGAGACCUACUCAGCAUCCACAGUUCUACAGACCUCCAGUCUAUGCAUCAUGUCCGUGGUGGGACUUCCUGGAUCGGCCUGAGUGCUCAGGAUCCCAACGCUGGCUACGCCUGGACUGAUGGGUCGCCACUGUCCUUCCAACACUGGAUAGAGGGGGAACCCAACAACUACAACGGCGUGGAGUCCUGUGCUGAGAUUCUGAACUCUUACUGGGAUAAAAAGGGAUCCUGGAACGAUGUAAACUGUGAGGGCUACAACGACUGGCUGUGUGAGAUCCCUAAAGGAUUGACCCCACUACCUCCUCCCAACAACACCGUCCCUGAGUAUAAUGUGACAGAGGAUGGUUGGCUGGAGUAUGGAGGCUCUCAAUAUUACUUUAAUACUGAACAGCUGCCCAUGGAGAACGCCAGACACUACUGUCAGCAGAGGCAUGGGGGCCUUGUUGUUAUCAACGGACUAACAGAAAAUAUAUUUCUGUGGAAAAAGAUCAAUAAAGAGCAUUUGGGAAACCAUUACAUUGGGCUAACAGUUGAUCUUGAUCAGUCUUUCGGGUGGAUGGACGAUUCCCCAGUUGUAUUCCAGAGAUGGGACAACAACCAGCCGGACUUCAAGAACAACGAUGAGAACUGUGUUGCCAUGACCAGCUCCAUGGGUUUCUGGCAUGACUAUAACUGUGGCACUGAAAUGAGGUCCAUCUGUGAGAGGAGUGGUUCCCCCCCAGUGAACAGCACCGUGCCCCCUACUGCCCCCCCCACAGGAGGCUGCCCCCCGGAAUGGAUCCUCUACCAGUCUAAGUGCUACAAAUUGAUUGGAUACCGGGUACCUAGUACCUGGCUCGAGGCCAGAUCGUACUGCCAAUCCGUGGGAGCUAACCUAGCGUCCAUCACCAGUAGGCGUGAGCAAGUGUUUCUGACGACCCAGAUGUCUUCUGGUGCCACUGACCUGUGGAUUGGACUGAGUAACUUAAACCGGGACAGGUUUGUUUGGACCGAUGGCCAGGCAGUCAAAUACACAAACUUGGAUUUCAUGAAGAGGUUACCAUCGCGAUGGCAUCACCAUGGUCUGAUCUACAUGCGUUCCUCUCAGGCUAGUCGGUGUAUUGUGAUGGCCAGUUCCUCCUCCAUCUUGGGAAAAUGGGAAAUCAGGUCCUGCAACGACACACACGGCUUCAUCUGUCAGCGUAAAGUUGACUCAGGCAUCCCAGUCCCGGCGCCAACAGUGUUACCUAGAGGCUGGGUGAAGCUGGCCAACGACUCCUACAAGGUGCUGCCCCAGAACAGGACAUGGCACGAAGCCCGGGUGCAGUGUGAGGCUGAGGAGGGCCAGCUGGCUAGCACCCUGGAUGAACUGUCAGCAGCUUACCUGGAGCUGCAGGCUCUGAAGCUGCAGACACCACUGUGGAUUGGACUCAAUAGGAAUGAGACGCAAGGCUACUUCAGGUGGAUGGACGGCUGGCCCUUGAGCCUGUCCCGGUGGGCACAAGACGAGCCCAGCAGAGACCGGCCCUGUGUCUAUCUGGAUGUGGAAGGCACCUGGAAGACAGCCCUUUGUAACCACACCUACCCCAGUGUGUGUAAGCAAUCCCUAGCUGUCCCGCCCACGGCCCCACCCCAGUACCCCGGGGAGUGUAUCCAGAUGGAGGAGGAGGAGGAGAUCAGUGGUAUGAACAUCCCCUGGUACUGGUUGCCUUUCAGAGGGCACUGCUACAGCUUCGUCAUUGACGACAUAGAGUGGACCGACGCCUCCACCAGCUGUACAAGUAAAGGGGCGUCCCUGGUGAGCAUCGAGGAUCCUGAAGAACUCGGCUUCAUAAAGAGCAACCUGGAGUUUCUGAAAGACAGCUCCUCUUCCUUCUGGAUAGGCCUGUACAAAACACACCUAGGUCAGUGGAAGUGGCUGGACCAAACAGUGCUGGACUACAUUAACUGGGCAGAGGGACAGCCUCAGGACUCUUACAAUAUGUAUGGAUAUAUGCGAUCCUCCGAUGGGACCUGGAGCACUGCCCCCAGAUGGGCUGAUAAACCAUACAUCUGCAAGAAGCCCAAAGUUCUACCAGAAACACCACCAACAACUGUGCCUCAGAAGGCAGAUCAGAGGCGUGUGUAUUCAGGACUGGCAGUGGUGGUGGUAUUGGCUGCCAUGUGUCUGAUGGGCCUCACAGCCUUAAUGCUCUACAAGAAGACCGGCCGUCCCCUGCCCUCCUUCACCAAACCCCUGGUCUUCAGCGCAGACCAGAGUGCCUUCGACAACCCCCUCUACACGGAGCCCGUCACCGAGGUCGACCCCAGCAUGGUGGACACUAGCCAACUGGUCAACCAUAUGGAGGCUCAGCCAAUGAUCACUUUGUGAUUGGAGAGAGUCAAGGGGAGAGUCAAGGGAGGAGUCAAGGGAGGAGUCAAGGGAGGAGUCAAGGGAGGAGUCAAGGGAGGAGUCAAGGGAGGAGUCAAGGGAGGAGUCAAGGGAGGAGUAAGGUUAAAGAUCCAACUCAGGUUUGGACAAGUCAUAUUUACGUGCACAAGCUUUGGAAAAUAAUAAACAAAUUCGUUGGACCAGCACUGUUGCUAACUAGCUUCACUGAUGUUUCACAUUUUUCCCCAUUUAUGCAAAGACUUCUGGGAAAUUAGAAUCCUCUUGUCUCGACCUUCACAUUCUGGACCUAGGAAUCAGGGGAUGUGCGGUGAGAUCUGAGGCCGGUUAGGCACUUUCUAUUGGACCUGCUGCAGUAACUCUCUCGCAUUGGGGACAGUGUGUGUCAGGUCAUGCUGGAACAAGAAGCUGAGAAGCUGUCUAGGUGAUUUGUCUCCGUUUUUGUGAACUUUACAAUCCCACAAGAUUAGCCUUAAAAGGUUGAUUCAGGAUUUUGGCAAUGAUUGAUACCAUUUUUAUGUCUCUAUGUCCAGUAUGAAGGAAGUUAGAGGUAGUUUCGCGAGCCAAUGCUAACUAGAAUUAGCGCAAUGACAGUCAGUCUAUGGGUAUCUGCUAUCUAGAAGGAUUGGUCAUUGCGUUAAUGCAUGCUAGUAGAUACCUAUAGACUUCCAGUCUUUUAGUUUAGUUUAUUAAUUCGACCAUUUAAAAAAAAAACAAGCACACAUAAAACUUGU